GCUGAAGUCGAGUUCUAUCUUGGCUUGCAUACAUAAGCAGUCAUCUCAAGGGCGUGCAUAUCACUAUCUAGACUAUAUCAGAAAGUUCAUUUCCACUUUCCACGAACGUCCUUCUUGUCUCGAGACAUCUACACCAAUCAUCUCCCAAACCCAACUUGUCAAUUUUCCAAACACCACCAUGACCAAACUCACAUCUUUCAAACUCCUCUCCUUCGACGUCUACGGCACCCUGAUAGAUUGGGAGACCGGCGUGAUCAAUGCCCUCCAACCUCUACUAGACACCAACAACAAAACCUCCUCCUACACACGCAAGCACCUUCUCCAAAUCUACCACAAACACGAAGCAUCCCAACAAACCAAAACACCAGAAAUGACAUACUGCGACCUGCUGUCUACAAUCCAUCCAGCCAUCGCCGCAGAUCUGGAAUGCGAGAAACCAUCAGAGGAGGCAAACAAAGCAUUCGGCGAUUCAGUAGGACAAUGGCCUGCUUUCCCUGAUACAGUAGCCGCUCUACACAUUCUCAAGAAACACUACAAACUCGUCGUCCUCAGCAACGUCGACCGCACCUCUUUUUCAAAAACCAAUGCGGGACCACUUCAAAACUUCCCUUUCGAUGCCAUCCUCACGGCUCAAGAUGUUGGAAGCUACAAGCCUAACCUCAAGAAUUUCGAGUAUAUGCUUAAAGAAGUGAAGGGGAGGUUUGGAGUUGAGAAGGAGCAAGUGUUGCAGACGGCGCAGAGUCAGUUUCAUGAUCAUCAUCCGGCAAAGAAGAUGGGGGUUAUGGGCGCUUGGAUCGUGAGACCAGGGGCGGAGAUGGGGAAUCAGGAGGAAGAAGUCUAUGAUUGGAAAUUUGACACGCUUGGGGAGAUGGCUGAGGCUGUUGAGAAGGAGGCGUAAAGUCAUGGGACGUAGUUCUUUCUUAGAUGUGUAUAGAUGAGUUAGUCAGCUGU